UUCAGGUUGAACUGUCAUCACUACUUUUCUGUUGACUUCGAUGUGUUCAGGCAGAAGGAGGGUCCUUUUGAGGUUAUGGACAAUCAAAACAAGGAUGGAGAUUCUGACAGCGAGUCUUAUGGGCUUAAGAUUUCUGAGUUAUUGAAGGCUUUGGCUAACAGGAAAUCACCAACUAUUGACCCACGAAACAUCAGCUCCACCCUACAGAACACGGGGACAGGCACUUCUAACACUAAUGGGACUUUUAGAUCAAGAGCCUUCCUCCCUGAAAACAUCAGCCAGUUGUCCAAGUGUCAGUUUAAAAGGCGGGAUCACCUAAGGGAAAGCAUACCUGCCUCCGUACCUGUUCUUGCCCCUAUCACUGGAGUGGCCUCCUCUCAGGAGGGACAACUGCAUCCCAGUGUACCAUCCUCAAAUCCUGUCAUCCUUGCACAUCUGAUGCAGCCCUCUGACUCGGUCUGCUCUAUGGUAGGAGAGCACGAGAUGCAUCCACACAUCCUGGGUGUGCAGGCUUUAACCACACAGCAGCUCUGUGACCCACUGAGGACGCUGCCUGAACACUUUCCCCAGACUGGGCCAACCAGUGAAUGGUUCUUUGAGGACUUGGUGGAUCUCCAGAGGAAGCUGUUUUCAGGUGCCUUAAAGAAAUCUGGGAGCCCCAAGAAACUCUCAGACAGCUAGGAAAACUCAUCAGAACCCACAACUUUACCACUCGGUUGAAGACAAAG